AUGGGAGACUCAAACUGCGUCGUAUUGGGAGAGCAAUAUUUUGACGACAAAAAAUGGCUUUGUGACUUUGUUGCUAGCCUCUGUUUGACAGCAUGCUUCUGUGCCUUCCUCAGUCUAACUUUAUUGACGAUGUCCCGUUACAUCUACUUAUGCCACAACAAUGUUUACGACAAAGUUUUUAACCGACUCUCUUGCAUCAUAUUUUGCAUUACCUGUUGGGUUGCUGCUUUCUUGUUCCAGUUUCCAAAUUUUAUUGAAUGGGGAAAAUAUAAUUUCGACCGAAAGAAUCAUCAGUGUAUCUGGGAUCGCACAGCUAGUUUGUCCUAUACCUUGUUUGUCUCCAUCGGUUUGAUUGGUGGACCGCUCCUCGUAAUGGCUAUCUGUUACUUCCUAAUUUUCCAACGAAUAUGGGAAACAAAGCGCGACAUUUACCGAAUGGACACAAAAAACCCACAUAAAAUGAGGAAAGCACGGACGGAAACUGUUCGUUCAUCGAAGACCUUAUUCUGCAUAUUUGUCGUGUUCUUUGUAUGUUGGACGCCUUACGCUAUAACUGUUGCCCUAGAUGUCCAGAAUAAUCUUUCAACUGAAGUUCAUUUGUUUGUGACACUUUUGGCACAUUUGCAUUCUAGCGUCAAUUGCAUCAUAUACAUCAUGGGAAUAAAAAGGUUCCCAAUGGGAGUUCUUAGUCUUUGUGCUUGCGGAUCAUCUCACAUGGCAUCAAGCACUUCUAAACCCGAAAAACAUCUCCAAGGUUAACAUGAAACCAAGUUUACAUAAUCCUCCGUUGAAUUGGUGACUCAUAUACCUGCAUUUUAUUGUC